ACGCGCGCGCGCGUGCACACACACACACACACACACUCACACGCACAAAGCUCUUUCGCCCUGAGCGCACUAACGUGGCCGCUUUCUUUGUGUGGAGCCCUCAAGUGGGGUUGGGACCCCGGUCCUGUCCCGGGGAGAUGGCGCAGCCCAUCUUGGGCCAUGGGAGCCUACAGCCCGCCUCAGCUGCUGGCUUGGCAUCCCUGGAGCUCGAUUCAUCGAUGGACCAGUAUGUGCAGAUUCGUAUCUUCAAAAUCAUCGUGAUUGGGGACUCCAACGUGGGCAAGACCUGCCUGACCUUCCGCUUCUGCGGGGGGACUUUCCCAGACAAGACUGAGGCCACUAUCGGUGUGGACUUCAGGGAGAAGACCGUGGAAAUCGAGGGCGAGAAGAUCAAGGUUCAGGUGUGGGACACAGCAGGACAGGAACGCUUCCGUAAAAGCAUGGUGGAGCAUUACUACCGCAAUGUACAUGCUGUGGUCUUUGUCUAUGACGUCACCAAGAUGACCUCGUUCACCAACUUAAAAAUGUGGAUCCAAGAAUGCAAUGGGCAUGCUGUGCCCCCACUAGUCCCAAAGGUGCUCGUGGGUAACAAGUGUGACUUGAGGGAACAGAUCCAGGUACCCUCCAACUUAGCCCUGAAAUUUGCUGAUGCCCACAACAUGCUCUUGUUUGAGACAUCAGCCAAGGACCCCAAAGAAAGCCAGAACGUGGAGUCAAUUUUCAUGUGCCUGGCUUGCCGACUAAAGGCCCAGAAAUCCCUGUUGUAUCGUGAUUCUGAGAGGCAGCAAGGCAAGGUGCAGAAACUGGAGUUCCCACAGGAAGCUAACAGUAAAGCUUCCUGUCCUUGUUGAAACCAAAUGGUGUAAAUACAAGAGAAUUAGCACUGGAGGUUUUUUUCUUUCCCUUUUUCUGUGCCUGCAUAAUGCUGACACCUGCUUGUUUCCAUACAAACAAAUAUCAAAAUAAAAUUUGUAUAGAUUA